AGAACAUAAGUGGAAAAAAGUACUUUCAAUAUUAAGAUAUACUAUUUUCUAAUCUGUAUCAAUAACAUUCAAACUCUGUUUUGUCAAACACGAUCUAAAGGCAGUGUGGAAGCAUACGGGAGAAAAAUUAGGACCUCCUUCUCCACAAACAUGACCAAGGCACGAGCUAAAGGCGGCUUCGCCACUGUCCUCUAGAAAGCGUUGAGCCGUUCUAGAAGCAUUUCCAGAGAAUCUCCACCUCCUCUGCAGACAUAGUCAAGCGGGGAAGGGUUGAGUCUCUUAGUAAUUUUUCUGUGGUUACGCCAGACACCUUAAAAACAUUGUUUUUCUUUUCCUCAAUAGACCGUCGUUGACAGGGUGUGAGUGUGGGGUGGUGGAUGUGGGCGUAGUUAGAGAGGAGACCUUCAUCUACGUUCACACACCCACACUCACACCCCACCCUAUUUAGACGAAUCUUGUUCAACUUCUAUAAAUAAAAAUCAAAUCUCAUCGCUUAUCAUCGAUGUUACUAAAUAUUUAAAAAAAAGUUUAACAACAGAUAUGAUUGCACGUAUAUUGACACAUCUUUAAUAUGUUCUCCAACUUACAAUAUUUAAAUUUUUGUCCAUCUUCAAUUUGGUAUCAAACAUUAUUAUUUGAAAAUUCAUUUCCAACUAUGACCUCUUUAACUCUCUUAGAACUGCAUAUCAGUUUGGCAUCUUUCACCGACUGUCUUUAUAUACUUGAUGGACGUUUCAAUAAACUUCACACGCUUUAUGUUGAUAUUGCUUCCAUUUCCUCUUCGCAAUUAACAAACAAUAAUCAGGUAGAUUAUUUCAGCUAAUAUUUAAUUUUUUCGAACAAAUUCAUUAUAUGGUUUUUUUUAUAGGAAGAACUAUCUAAUUUAAGAUGUUUUUCACUAUGUUGUGAAAUGUCAACACAUGCUUUUGAUAAAUUAAUUGUACUAUUUCUACAACGAAUGUCGAAUUUAGAAAAACUCCGUUUGAAUCUUGUCAUUUGUGACAAAAAAUUUGUUGAUGGAAAUGAAUUGAAGCAGAAUAUUAUUAAUCAUAUGGCAUGAUUACAGAGAUUCGAAUUUUAUAUUUGCUCAGGUAUUUCUCUUCAUAAUCAAAUUUAUCUACAAUCGAAAGAAGAUAUUCAACAUACAUUCAAAGAUUUUAAAGAUAAUCAAGUUACUUCUUCUGUUGAUUAUUUCCAAGAACAAUAUGGUCUAUGUCAUAUCUAUUUGUAUCCUGAGCAAUUAAAAUAUUACUAUACUGUAACAAAUAAUUUUCCAGGUGGCUUAUUUACAUGUGUUCGUAAAAUUUCAUUAUAUGAUGAACAUCCUUUUGAACAUUAG